UUUCUAUACUAUUUUUAAAGUGACUAAAGGAAAUAUUUUAGUGUAUUUAUCGGAUGUUUGAAAAUUGUUAGCAUAUUAAGAAUAUUAUAUAGGAUUUAAAUUUUGUAUUACACAAUAAGACAUUGAAUUGAGGUUGAAAUAUGUGACUGAAGAGACAUUAAUGUCUGUUUAUUUCUAUAAAAGCUCUGGAUUAAAAUGGCGUCGAAAAAUAUUGCACAAAUGACAGAAAAGAAAGUGUGGAGGAAAUCUCUUAAUUGUUUACGGAGUGAUAAUUAUAUAAGAGAAGACAGUGACGUUAUAUUUGAAAAUUUCUCUAUGUUUAUUGAAUUAGAAAAUCGUGCAUCUUUAACUUUGGAUCAGUUAGACGCCUUGGAUCAAGAUGUUGAUUAUGACAGCCCGGAAAGAGGUUUAAAAGAAAACGUACAGUCGUCAGAACAUUUAAAAGACUCUUGCUCCGGGGUAGGAUUUUCCUCUACUGUGCAGGGCGAUGAAGGGGGAUCAGCUAUUAAGGCUGGAGCAUACGAUGCCGCUUUCGAUAACAAUAUCGAUGAAAUAGAUUACUUUGAUAAAGAGGAAGAAUACAUGGAAACUCAUGGACUGAGAUUUGACGUAGAAGACGUUUCAAAUCCUUAUGAAGACUCAUCGAAAAGUAUAAAUGACGAAAGAAUGGGGCAAUAUAAAGACAUUUCUAUAUACAGAAGGUCAAUACAAAACUUUGCAACAACCAAUCAUUUUGAAAUUCAUGACGUCAGUCCUGAUGGAAACUCUAUGUUUCGGGCUCUCGCUGAUCAGUUCAUGAUCAAUGGUCGCAUCGGGUUUACAGCUGAACGUUUACGAUGUUCAGUAGUAGCGUGAGUAUUCUGACUUCAGGUAUUACUUGAGGCA